GGGCUGCGGCAGGGGCGGGCCGAGCCGAGCCGCGGAGCCCCGCACCGGCAGCGGCUCCCCCGGCCCCGCGGCGCGGCCGGGCAGGCGCACGCUCGGCGGAGCCGCCCCUCCUCCGCCUUCCCCCGCGCAUGGCGCUGAGCGCGGCAGCCCCCGGCUCCGCACGUGAGUAACGGCCCCGCCGCGCCUUUGUGCGCGGGCCCGCCUCAGGUGAGGGGCUGCACCGCUCCGGCCGGCGCUCUGGGCCGCGCCCCUGCCGGGCACCGGGGACAGGGGGGGGGAAGCCCGGUCAGAGCGGCCGCGGCCCGGCCCGGGGGCCCGGCUCGUCGGAGCCCCGGGGCCGGGGGAGGUGCCCGGGGGCCGGGCUGGGCCGUGGCGGCGCCUCAGGGCUGCGCUCUGCCCCGCGCAGGUGGCGGCGCGGGCGCGGCUCGCGGUGACUCCCCCGGGCCGGGGCGGCGGCGGGCGCUGAGACCUCGGCCUGGAUGGAAACUGGGGGCGAUGCCAGAGCGGCACCUCGGCGGGGCGGCAGAGGCGGCGGCCGUGGCGGGGUUCCAGCGACCGCCGAGCCCGGCGCUCACCCGGCCGCGGAGAUCGGCGUGAAGAUGGAUGGGCCCGGCGGCGGGGGGAGCGCGGACACGGACGCUGCUGCAGCGCCGGCGGCCCCCGGGGCCCUCACCCCGCCGCCCCGCGGGCCCGGCUCCAGGGACCCCAAGCUGGUCCAUCAGCGCUUCCUGCGGAGGAGCGUGGUGGACUCGGACCAGGAGGAGCCCGCCUUCGACCUGCCCGAGGCGGAGCACCAGCGGAGAAUCAUCCUGCCCCCCAAAACCAGGAGGAUAAUCGCGGAGCGGGCGAAGGCGGGGCAGGGGGCGGCGGAGGCGGCGGGCCGGGAGGCCGAGUGCUCCGAGGAGCCGCGGGCGACGCCGGCCGCGGGCAGCGCCGCGGGAGCCGAGGAGCAGAAGGAGGCAGGCAAGGAUGCGGAGCGGAGAGAGGCGCAGGAUGCUGCCAAGGACCAGGGCAAGGCUAAGAAAGAGGAGCCCGAGGAGGAGGCUGACAUGAAAGCGGUUGCCACCUCGCCGGAUGGCAGGUUCCUAAAGUUUGAUAUUGAACUCGGGCGGGGAUCCUUCAAAACGGUCUACAAGGGUCUGGACACGGAGACGUGGGUGGAAGUCGCGUGGUGUGAACUGCAGGACAGAAAACUCACAAAAGUAGAGAGGCAGAGAUUUAAAGAGGAAGCAGAAAUGUUGAAGGGUCUGCAGCAUCCAAACAUUGUGAGGUUUUAUGACUUCUGGGAAUCCUGUGCAAAAGGCAAAAGAUGCAUCGUGCUGGUUACCGAGCUGAUGACCUCUGGAACGCUGAAGACGUAUCUGAAGAGAUUUAAAGUGAUGAAACCUAAAGUCCUGCGGAGUUGGUGUCGGCAAAUCCUGAAGGGUCUUCUUUUCUUACACACAAGAACUCCACCAAUAAUUCACAGAGACUUGAAAUGUGAUAAUAUUUUUAUUACUGGACCAACUGGAUCUGUGAAAAUAGGAGACUUGGGUCUGGCAACACUCAAGAGAGCUUCGUUUGCCAAAAGUGUCAUAGGCACACCAGAAUUCAUGGCCCCAGAGAUGUAUGAGGAACACUACGAUGAAUCUGUGGAUGUCUACGCGUUUGGAAUGUGCAUGCUGGAAAUGGCUACCUCAGAAUACCCUUACUCAGAAUGCCAGAAUGCUGCUCAAAUCUACCGAAAAGUAACCUGUGGUAUAAAGCCAGCAAGCUUUGAGAAAGUUACUGAUCCUGAAAUUAAGGAGAUAAUUGGGGAGUGCAUCUGCAAAAACAAAGAAGAAAGAUAUGAAAUUAAAGAUUUAUUAAGCCAUGCCUUCUUUGCUGAAGAUACCGGGGUAAGAGUGGAACUUGCAGAAGAAGACCAUGGUAGGAAAUCCUCUAUUGCCUUAAGACUCUGGGUAGAAGAUCCUAAGAAACUGAAAGGAAAACCCAAAGACAAUGGAGCCAUUGAGUUUACUUUUGAUCUGGAGAAGGAAACUCCCGAUGAUGUUGCACAAGAAAUGAUUGACUCGGGGUUUUUCCACGAGAGCGAUCUCAAGAUCGUGGCCAAGUCCAUCCGUGACCGAGUGGCGCUGAUCCUCUGGAGGAGGGAGCGCAUCUGGCCCAGGAUGCAGUCGGAGGAGCGCCGCGACUCAGAGUGCCCAGACAAGCUGAAGGCGCCGCAGGCACAGCAGGUCCAGGUCACCUACCUGUCCCACACGGGCCACCACAUCCUGUCAGAGCCCGAGGAGCCCGAGGCGGACCAGCACCCCUUCCAGCAGAACCUGCCCACCAGCGUCACCUCCGUCGCCUCUGACAGCACGUUUGACAGCGGCCAGGGCUCCACGGUUUAUUCGGACUCGCAGAGCAGCCAGCAGAGCGUCAUCUACUCGUCACUGCCGGAUGCUGUCCCUCCUGCCAUCCAGAGGGUGUACAGCCCCCCCCUGAGCGAGGGCCAGCCCGUGCCCCACAGCCUCCCCCAGCUCAGCCACUACCAGCAGCCCUCGGCACCCAUCCUGCCCGCGGUGCCGGCCGCGCCCGCCGUGGUGCCGCAGCACUACCAGGAGCCGGCCAUGCCGUUCCCCGUGGUCCCCAGCACCGUGGCCUCGCUCCCGCUGGGACAGCCGCCCCCGUCCGUGCUGGCCGGCCAGCAGCAGCAGCAGCAGCCCAUGUCGCAGGCAGCCUCCCUGCAGCAGGUGCUCAGCAGCCAGCCCAUGUGCCCGCUGCCGCCAGCCCCGCACCUGCUGCCGCCCUUCCCGGCCCAGGGCUCGCAGGUGCCCGCCAGCAGCGCCCCCCUGAAGCCCCUGCAGAUCUCCACCGUGCCGCAGCUGCCGCCCGUGGCCCCUUCCCAGAUUCCUCAGUUUCCUGUCAUUCCUGCAAUUACUCCUCUGGCAGGGCUUGACAGCCUUCCUGCAAACCUGUCUGACAUCCCCGCUGCGAACGUGCCCCCCAUUCCCGCUCCUUCCCAGUACUUCGCUCCGGCCGUCAUCCUGCCCAGCCUGCCCAUGAACCCCACGCUGCCCAUGGCGCCCAACUCCCCCGCCCUGCCCAUGCAGGCCGUCAACCUUCCUCACACCACCGUGGCUUCUCUGGUCCUGCCCUGCCAGCCCAUCGUGCCAAACAUGCCUGCGGCGGCCACCAUCCCUCUGCUGGCGGUGGCGCCGCCGGGGGUGCCGCCGCUGCCGCCUCACGCCGCGGUGCCGCCGCUGCCGCAGCAGCCCGUGUUCCAGCCCGCCUUCCAGCCCCUGCUGCCCGGCGACGCGCCCUCGCCCCACCACGGCCAGAGCUCCCAGCCCGUGUCCCAGCCGCAGCCGCCGCCUCCGGCCCUGCAGCCCGGUGUCAUCCACACUCCCGAGCCGGCUCUGGCCGCUCCCGCCGCCGCUCACCAGCCCAUGCCUGGACACGCUCAGUUUGCUCUGGAGGCUGGAGCCCAGGUGCCCGUGCUGCCGGUGCAACCCUCCAUGGUCAUGUCACCGCCGUUGCAGCUGCAGCCGGAGCUGGUGCCGCCCUGCGUCGCUCCUGAAGGCGUUCCCCAGGUCCAUGGCAGCCUUGCCACGGCUGCCCCGCCUGUCCCCAUAGAGCCUGGCCUGCCUCUCCAGCCCUCUGCUCUGCUGCAGCUUCAGCCUGAUCUUUCCCAGCCACUGGGCCAGCAGCUGCCAGCUCCCUGCUCGGCUGUCGCGGCAGGCGCAGACACAUCUCAAGAGGAGCAGGCAAUACAGGAUAAACUCCAAGCUCUGUCCCAGAGUUGCGAAAGCUACCUGAGUCCAGAUGUUGCUCCUGGUAAAGAGAUGAGUGACAGCUUGGAAGGAGCAGCAGGAAGUGGAAAGCAAGAGGGAAAGUCUUCAAAGAAGCAUAAGAAAUCCACGCGUGCUCGUUCCCGCCAGGAGAAAUCCAACAGACCCAAGCUGACCAUAUUAAAUGUGUGUAACACAGGGGAUAAGAUGGUGGAGUGCCAGCUUGAAACCCAUAACCACAAAAUGGUGACGUUCAAGUUUGACUUGGAUGGUGAUGCGCCAGAGGAAAUUGCUACUUACAUGGUGGAGAAUGAAUUCAUCUUGCAAAGUGAAAAAGAGACUUUUAUUGAGCAAAUGAAGGAUAUCAUUGAUAAAGCAGAAGAUAUGCUCAGUGAGGAUACAGAAGGAGAGCGAAGUUCUGACCAGGGAACAAGUCCCCAACAAGAUGCUGAUAGGCUUGAAAUGAGUGAUGAGAAGCGUCAGUCUCAAAUGAAGACACCCGUGUAUCAGCAAAAUGUUUUGCAUACUGGAAAAAGGUGGUUUAUUAUAUGUCCAGUGGUGGAAAACCCUACUACGGAUGCCCCCGAGUUUUCUCCCCCGGUGCCUCCCAGUGCCCAGCAGACAGAAGGGCCAGACCCAGAGCAGUCGGAUGACCAGCCGAUGAGCUCUGCAGUGCCAGAGGCGCCCGGGGUUGGGGCUGGCCAGCAGCUUCCCCCGCACUCAGGGGUCAGUGACACCCUGUCCUUGGCACCAGCCCCCGCUGCAGCAGCUCCUGCCAGCGCAGCGAGCCAGCCAGAGUUCCCAGCCCCAGCGGCGUCUGCCCCGAGCAUCGCGGAGCCUGCGGUGGCCGGCGGGGGUCACCCGGAGCACCCCCAGCCCGGCCUCCCCGCCCCCCAAGCCGUGGGGCCGGAGGAGCCCCCCGAAGCCACGGCCCCCCAGCUGCAGCCGCAGGCGGAUGAGCCGGUGUGUGUGCCUGACCUGGAGGUCGCCUGCUGCAGCGUGGGGGCUCACACGGCCGUGCCAGCGGCUCCGGGGCCGCUGCCCGACACCGUGGUGCCAGAGCACGCCGUGGUGCCGGAGCACGCCGUGGUGCCGGAGCAUGCCAUGGUGCCAGAGCAUGCCAUGGUGCCGGAGCACACCGUGGUGCCAGAGCAUGCCAUGGUGCCAGAGCAUGCCAUGGUGCCGGAGCACACCGUGGUGCCAGAGCAUGCCAUGGUGCCAGAGCACACCGUGGUGCCGGAGGGUGGCCAGCCCGGCGCGGGGCCCUUCGGCAGCCAGCCCUUCCCCGCUGGCCCCGACGGGCUGGGCUUGGCGGGGUCCCAGCUCCAGAGCCCCACGCAGGUGCCGCUGGCUGCGGCCCAGCAGCUGCCAGGGGCACAGGGUGGCCCGGGGCUGGCAGGGGUCAGCCUGCUCCAGCAGCAGAACCCCCCCGGCACCGCCGAGUCUGACGGCGAGGGACCCCCCCGGGUGGACUUUGUGGACAACACGAUUAAAAGCCUCGAUGAGAAGCUGCGCAAUUUGCUGUACCAGGAAUACGUUCCGACUUCUUCGGCAUCAGCGGGGACGCCGGACACCUCUGUGCCACCCGAACAGGGCGACAGUGAAUUUACCUUACCACCUUUCCCCGAAGAUCAAGGUCCUGCCCCGGUGUCAGAUGGGAGAGAAGCGGGCGGCAGCAUCCCCGACAGCAGCCAGGAGGUGAAAGCUGCUGCUGAGCCACUGGUGCCCCUCGUGCCCUCGGAGGCCUUGCCCUGCCCAGCGCUGUUGGACAAGCCAGAAGUCACUGGUGUGAGUGCUCAUCCCUCAGAGGCAAGAGGUCCAGCUGCAAGCAUCACUCCAGCUCCUGCUGCUCAAGCAAAAGGCCUUCUUCAGGUUGCACCUCCAUCAUCAGGCACAGCUCCACAGAUGGAGACUUUCCAGAGGAGCGAGGAGGCAGAGAGGACGGUUUCACCCGCGCACACGGCGAGCGUGAUGCGGCGAGCGGCAGCAGAUGGGGCGAUGAGUAACUUCCACAGGGACGGCUCUCCAGGCUCUGGUUCCUGUGGAAAACAGGCUGGGGCUCAGGAGAGCGGCACACCAGCCAAAACCAUUGGCAGGUUUUCAGUCAUCAGCACACAGGACGAGUUAACUUUAGCGGCACCGCACUGCUUGCGGUUCUCGGCGCCGCCGGACGUGUACCUGGACGAGCUGCCCUCCAGCCCGGACAUGAAAGCUGCCGUGCGCAGGGUCCAGACGGCCUCGUCCGUGGACGUCCUGUGCGACCAGGCCUCGAGCGACUCCGCCGACGAGCCCUUCCCGCGGCAGCCGGCGGCGGCUGCAGCUGCACAGCUCUCCCCCCCCAGCAGCACAGCUGCGGACUUAAUUAAAAAAGCAGCUGCUUUUCUGCAGAGAUCCGGCAAAGGUGGCUCCCCCGGGCCAGAGUCACCCAACGGGCAAGGUGCGAAGAUUCCUACCAUCAACAUCACGUCCAUCCACUCGCAGUCGUCCUACAUGAGCAGUGACAACGACUCGGAGUUCGAAGAUGCUGAUAUGAAGAAAGAAUUGCAGAACCUGAGAGAAAAGCAUAUGAAAGAGAUUGCUGAGCUGCAGACACAGCAGAAGAAUGAGAUAGAGGCACUGUAUAUUCGGCUGGGGAAACCCCUUCCUCCCAACCUGGGCUUCCUUCACUCUGCCCCGCCGAGCGGCCGGCGCCGAAGAACCAGCAAAAACAAAUUGAAAGCUGGAAAACUCUUAAACCCUCUGGUCCAGCAGCUCAGGAGUGGAACAUCAAGCACAAGUAACCUUUCAGACUCUAAAGACUCACCCCACAAAGAAAGCAGUAAAUCGCAGCCAGGCUCCCCUGAAGCAGCCGCGGUGCCUCCCAGCUCAGCCUUUGGCAAGGCUGUGCAGACCCAGCAGCCCUGCUCUGUCAAAGCCUCUCUGUCCUCUGACAUCUGCUCCGGCCUGGGCCCCGACGCUGCCGAUGCCAACGCAAGCUCUGGCCAAGGCUGGACGGUUUUCCACCAAACGUCUGAGAGAGUGACCUAUAAAUCUAGUAGCAAACCUCGUACCAGAUUCCUCAGUGGACCUGUGUCUUUGUCCAUCUGGUCCACCUUGAAACGACUAUGUCUAGGCAAAGAUCACAGUAGUAGAUCCUCGACCAACAGCCUGGUGACAUGUCCUGAGCCCCUGCCGCAGUCGACGCUGCAGGUUCAGGCCAACAACAGUAACAACAAGAAAGGGACGUUCACAGACGACCUGCACAAGUUGGUGGACCAGUGGACGAGCAAAACUGUUGGAGCUGCACAGGCAAAACCUUCUCUAAACCAACUGAAGCAGAACCAAAAAAGGCAAGACAUGGAGCCAAAGGCUAACCCCAUGCAGACGCAGAAUGAGACAUGUGGAUUUGCACUCCAGGUGGCACGGACACCUCUCUCCUGUUCCAAAGUUGCUUUUUUCACAUUUUACUGUGCAUAGAGCCUCCACCUGCACCUCAGUUUAAAGGCACAAGGUAACCACUAGAGCUGGUUUGCCAUGGUAAGUCUCCUUCCCUCCCUGGGCGCUACGGGCAGUGUUACAGGCACAGGACCUGGGUGUUUCCACACCCAAAGGCCCCACAACUUCAUUUUGUAACCCUUUGCUGAGGGGCAGAGAUGUCCUGUGCUGCCAAGCUGUGAAUUGUAUAGUUCUAUUGUACUUCCAGCAUUAUACCUGUCUAAAUUAUUUUGUUUGUACCCUUUGAAUAUAUUAUUCCAUCAAUUCAGUUAGAAUUGAAUUUUAUACACAAUUAUGCAGAGUCUUCUGCCUGGGCAAAAUACUUACUGCAGUAAGAGAUUUCUGUUCUCUGUACCAUGUAUCUUUAAUUUGUUUGGGUUUUUUAGAUUCAUGUCUGUAUGCUUCAUGAGCAAACAUGGAAAAUAUGUUCUCACACCGGGUUCCCUUUGGCUCGCACUGAAUCCUACAGUUUAUGUCGCUAUUGCCUGUAUAGUCCAUCCCUUGUAUACUGACAAAGUCAGUGGCACUAAAAGCCCCGAGAAAUUGUAUAGAUUAAAAAGAAAAAUAAACAUUUUGUGCUUGAAAAUGGUGUGAAAAACCCAGUGUUUUCCUAAAACAUAGAACAGUGUCAAUUUCCAGCUCUUCAUGCAGGUAAUUGUGCAUCUGUUUUCCACUCUCACUCUUGUCCCUGGCAGGUGUGGCAGCAGCAGAUGUGGUGCCUCCCGCAGGUGCGUGCUGGCACCUCGGGGCACCGAGCCCUGCCCAGGGCUGCUCCCUGUGGGCUCCCUCAGGGCUGCUGCUGCUGCUGCUCGAGAGCAUUCUCAGUUUGGUAGGUGGGAAAGAGGCCCACGAACUCUCUCCUGAGCUGCAAAGCACUAGGGAAGCCUUUCUGAAGGAUCCUGGCAUCAUUUCAGUGUGAGGAAGCUCAGUCCCGUUGCCAGCGCCCUCCUGGCAGUCACCAUCUCUGGGUGAGGCUGCAGGAGAAGCGAGAGGAGGGUGUGCAGGUGUGACACUCCUGCUUGUGUCUCUCCGUGUGGCUUUGCUGUCCGUGCUGCCUGGGUCGGGAUGUCUCUGGUGGCCGGUGUCCCGCGGUGGCUGCGUUGCAUGGCUGUGCUCCCGGGAGAGGCGGGGGGCUGGACAGCAGGGGCAGCUCCCAGGGCCUUGGUGGCUGUGCACCUGCACUGGGGCCAAGCAGGAGCUCAGAAUGUGUUGCUGGCAUUGUUGUACUCGUGAUUUUUAAUUUCCUGAUGGCCCUCUUGGCUGCAGCUCUUCUGGCUGUUCACUUCAAGCCGUGGGUUUUUUGCCCUCAGUUGUGAGGAUCGUAUUACAGGGUGCUUUGACCUUGGUGGCAAUUAAGCAAAUGACAUGAGAUUAAAUGAAAUGGAGCGAUUUCUUGAGCAAAAGGUGAGCCAAGGAGUUAGACAGAACUGAGGGGUCCGUGCUGCACCAUCAGAGCGGGAAAAUCGCGCCUAAAAAGAUCCCCUACACAUCCCAGAACUGAACUCAUUUCAUUCCUGACUGAAUAUUGCUUCAACAUGCAGCAAAUGGGUCAAACCUGCUGCUAGAAUUCCUGGUCUUGCUGGUUCCAGCCCUGCAUGUCCUGUAGCUCUGCCAUCACCCAACAUUCCCAGCCAGCCCUGUGGGACGUGGGAAGGCAGCACAGGUGCUCAGCCUCCUUAAACACCAGGUUACAAAGGGGGAGCUCACAGAUCCCCGAUUUUCAGUCUUUCAGUGACAGAAAUUUGACACAAAUCUUGAAAGAAUGUUUAACCCCCAAAGUCACUCACCCAGUAGUGGGAAAGUUUUGCAGUUUUCAGUUCGGGAAGUUUGCCUGUGUGCCUUUCAUUUGGAUUUCUGAUUGCCUUACAUUGUGAUGGAGGAUCUUAAUGCACAACCCCAUCCUGCUUUCCCACUGCAUUCCCAGCUUGUUUGGAGUAAGACUGGACAAGGAGAGGAGCUGCUGCCGCUGGCACUGCUCAUCUGCCACAGGGAUGCAAAGCUGGGCACUGGAGAUGGCAGCAAGAAACUGGUUUAAGGCUCUUUUGCAAAUCUGGAUUCAACCUACCUGGCACAAAUUUCACUCCAAAGAAUGAUGCAGCACUGGCCCUUGCAGUUUCUUUGCAUGUUUAACUCUGGUCUCCAUUCCACAACUUUAAAGAGGGAAUACUUUAAAAUUCCUUUUAAAAAGAAAAAAAAAUAAAAAUCUUUAGGAAGUUCAUUUAAAGAGGAAACUCCUCAGAGAAGCUGAGGCUGCCUCUGCAUGCCUGGAAGUGUCCAUGGCCAGGCUGGACAGAGCUUUGAGCAGCCUGGGAUAGUGGAAGGCAUCCCUGCCCAUGACAGGGAGUGUGAUGAGAUGGGCUUUAAUUCUCCUUCCAACUCAAACCAUUCUGGAACUCUGUGUUUAUUUAACCAUUACUCCAUAUCUGUCUUUACACUGCUCCGUUCAUGCCUUCUACCUUUCUCUGAAAUCCUUGACAUUCGCUGGGACUGCCUGGGUGAGAUGUGGCAUUCCCUGUGCUCCUGCAGAGAUACUCGUGUUUGGAACAGGGUGCUAAGAGACAGGAUUCCUGAAAUGAGCUUCUUCCUCCAGGGGCUGGUUUUGCUGUUUUGUACUUGUGGAAGGAAAUCACUAAUAUUUUGAAUCAUUAGUUUAACUUGGCUUUGCAUUCAAGCAUUUUUCAUGAUCCCAGUGCAUUACUAUCAGGUCUGGGAUCAUGCAAAGUUUUUCAAGAGAAGCCCAGUGGAUGUUUUGUGGGUCCGUGUCAAUUUUGUUCAGUUUGCACAUGUUUGAGCAGGAAAAAACAUCUGUCCUCACACGUGCCUUGGAAGAUGGCUUUGGAGAGUUGUAACCAGAAGUGUCCCUUCUGAAAUGUCAGUAUUACCUUCCCUGUCAUCCCCACUCCCCUCACCACCCCUGCUGCAAAGAAGGAAAAGGUUCAAGGCUUUUGGGGUGAGAUUGAUGUUAAUCUUCAGGUAUCAGCUAUUGUGGCAAACCCUUGCCUUGUUUUCUGCCUUGCUGCAAGCUAGUUCCCCUCAAAUUUCCAUGGAUGCUGUUGAAAGUGUUGGCUCGGAGGCAGUCACCCAUGAGAGAGUUUCUGACUGUGUGGCAUGCACAGUAAGGUUUCCUUGCCCUCUGGUCCUGAUUUUGGUGAUUCCUGUGGGGCAGUGUGGGCACGGUCUCUCUACAGAGCGUACGACGGGGAGCUCACACUCUUGUCAUGGGUGGAUGAGUGUUUGAUAUGGGAUUGAAUUUUAUAGACCAGCAAAACCAUGAUUGUGUGUUAUUUCUGGCUAUGGUUAUUUUCCUGGAUUGAGUCCUUGAGGAGCACCUCAGUGGUUUGUGCUGUCGGGCAGUGCCAGGCUGGUGCUUGGGCACACUCAGCUCCAGUGAAGCUGUCUGAUGCGCUGAUCUCUGUUGUUAUUUUAUCCCUGAGAGUCAUUUUCCUGUCUGCAUACCCCAGAAAUGAAGCAGUUUGUUGAUCUGGUGGGAAUUGUGCUGUGACUCACAUGUGUCGGUGCCUUUUGCCAGGGGCACCACUUCUGGCUGUGGAGUGAUCCUCAGCACGACAGGGGUGCUCCAGUCACAACCGUGCUGCUGCCAGCCUCCAGAAGUGCAGUGGCCUGAGAUGGAUUUUAGGAGCUAGUCAGGCUACAAAUUCUGCUUUCUGAAGGAAUUUGUUGCUCAGAGGGGUUUGGAUGUGCUGCACUGCUGGCUCUGUGGGCACAGAGAUCACUUACAGGUGGAAGGCAUGCUCGGACCAGGAGGUGGCUGCUUUUGGGAAUGAUAUGAUCCUCUCUGCUCCCUUCUCAGGGGCAGUUGUGCUAUCAAGGCUGUUGCUGCAUAUGCUGGGAUCUCUAUUUUAUUAUCAAACUUCUCCCUUUAAAUAAUUUUCUCAUAAAGAGUUCAGGCUCUUCAUGGGUCGAGCCCUCAGUCUGACAUACAAAGCCUUAGGAAGCUUUAGGGCUCAUUUGGUCACUGUUCAUAGACAAUGCCCUAUAGUUUGAUAAAGUAUCUGUUACAGCAGUGAAUUCUUAUGAGAAGCUCUUGGUUUUUCCAAAUCUGUUGAGCAAGGUGCCUUGGAUGCAUUUCUUUGUGCAACAGGAUGAUUGCAUGGUGAAUAUUGAGCACAUUGUUGUAGUCACAGGGCAGAGGGAAAAGUCAGGAUUGCUUUUCCCCCUCAGAAAGGAGCACAUCACUACAUUUUGCUUUUCAUGACUGAGGCAACUCUUGAGUGCCAGCUGUGGCUCUGUGGCUUUUGAAGAGCUGGACAUGGUGAGAGCCUCUCCAGCCACUCUUCAGGGGACUUCCCUGGGCCUGAUGCAGUUUUUGUGAGGCACUUAGGGCCCUGACACCUUCUAAAAACUUAGGAGAUUUAGAAAGAAAUAACCAGCUGCCAGUCCUUUCCAAAUGAUUCUUCAAGUCUGACAUAAAGUAGCCCCAAAAAGUAUUAACUCUUGUGUUUUUUUCAAUGACUUUGUAAAUAAAGUGAAAACUUCCUCAGCAUUUCUAGUUUGUUUAUCAGACCAGACAGACUGAGUCUGGUAUCUCUGUCCCCAUUAGGCAGCAGCAAACCCUGGGGUCACUGCGCUCCCUGAGCUGCCUGGGAGCGCUCAGGGUGGAGUGGGGUUACUCUGGAGUGAGGAGGGAGGUGGCUGCCCAUGGCUGAGCACCUGCUGGGGUUUCUUUGAGGAGCCAAGUGCCUGGGGAACUGGCUCUGCUCUGGAUGUUGUGGCUGACCAAGUGCUGCCAGAUGUUUUUUUCCCAGUUACCUGGAGAUAGUUAAUUUUGUCCUGUUUUCCUGGAUGAAACUCCAUGCCAAAUGUUGGCUAUCCACAGUGAGCAGCUGCUGGGGUGGAUCCAGGCAGAUCUUCAGAACUGACAUUGGUCACAAGCUCGGGGAGGAAUAAUGAGCAAGACAUGAUCUUCCUUCCCUUUAGUCAGUUUUUCCCAUGAGCAGGCAGAGCAGGGAAUGCACGAGGGGGAAAGUUGGGGUUCAUUUAACAAACGCCAAGCCCAGAGCACAGAGAGCCAGCAGGAGCUGUGCCAGGUCCCAGCAGUGUCCCCACCCUGCGCUGUCCCCAGCAUCCCCUGCCUCCCCCGCCGCUCCAGGACUCCCUGCAUGAGCUCUGAGCGCUUCCCAAAGCUCCAGCAGAGCUGUGUGUGGCUGUCCCUGCACAGCAGUGUGCAGUCUGUCUGUCUGUCUGUCUGUCUGUCUGUGCUGUCUGGGUGCAUGUCCCCAGCACGUCCCCAGCCAGUGUGUGGUGGCCGUGUGGUGCUGGGGGACACGAGGUGACGCCUGUGCUGCUGCUGCUGCCUCAGGGAUGUGCUGCUCUCAGCACCUCCCUUGCCUUCUCUCCUGGUCCUGUCCUUGCUGUGCCCUCCAUGUCUGUCCAAGCAGCCUCCCUGUGCUCUGCUCCUGCAGCCGUGGAUGGAUCCCAUCCCUGCCCGGCUGGGCACGGCCCCGCUGCAGGGAGGGCUCAGCCAUUCUGCCAUCCUGGGAUCGGCUCCUUCCCGUGGGACAGGGGAGCCUGAAGCCUGCAGCUGUGGGGAGCCACGACCUGUCCUGGCAGCCCCAGCCUCCUCUGACACCUGCAGAUGGCAUCACAUCCAUGUCCCCUCCUCUCAACAAACUGCUGGCUCUUCCCAUCUCUGCCUCCUGGAGCCUGGCUCUUCCCCACGGGAAUGAGAGCUGUGUUCUGAGGGCCCCGUGAGGUGCUGAGGCUGUGCCACCAAAGGGAAUGUUCUCCACAGCUCGUUCCUGUGGCAGCAGCACCUCCCUCACGCUGCAGCUCCCCUAGCUCACGUGGCCCUUUUGGGUUUGCUUUGGGUUUUCCUAGAUGUGAAAUCCACGUAUGGAUU